GCCGAGUCCUGAAGACGACAAGGAAGCUGCAGCCCUUCUCGAGAUCACAAGCACCCAGAUGAGUGAGGUCUUCGCCAUCAGUGAUGACGGCAAGACGUAUGUCAAUCCUGCGAUGCUUCGAGGAGUCCCGGUCGAGCCCAUCAACGAGAGUGAUAAGUAUUGGGAGGCAACAUGGGUCAAAUUCAACGAGGCUAUCGACGAGGACAGGGUGGAGAGAGAGUAUCGGCAGGAGCUCGAUGCCUGGCACAAGCUAACUCAGCAGGGAGACCCCUUGGCAGAAGAGCAAGAUCUCGAGAGAGGAUUCAAGAGAUACCAGCGCAACCUCAACCAAGCCAGGGUCAUCAAGAAGUGGUUCCGCCCCGGCAGCACGGUUCACCCUAACCAAAUCAUGGCCAAGCAUCAUCUGCCCGAUAUGGGACUGUGCAUUGCCCAUGUCCUCUACAAGAUCUGCAAUAUCCUCACACAUCUCGGGGCAUUGCAUGAACGUGGAGAGCUGAGGAUGCCGCCUCUUUACUUCCUCAUGUGGAGAAUGAGCGUCUCCCUCGACCGACAGCCGCGUACCCAUAUGAAGUCAUUCUGGCGUGUCAUCAUCGACGAAGACCACGUCGCUUACGACGAAGUCCUACGCAAGGCCGAGAUCAGAGGCGCCCAGCACAUGGGCGACUACAACUUCUACAACCGUCGAUGGAAGAAGACAGUAUCUGCGAAGGACCAAAGGCGACAGCCUGUUGUCUCUCCCAGUGCAACCAACACAGCCCUCCACCCUCCGGGCCAACCCACGACCCCUUCUCGUAAGUCCCGUUACGACCAAUAUCAGUCCACGCCAGCCACCACUGCAACAUCUGCCCCUCGUCCUGUGGGCUUGCCAAUGACCACCUUGGCCGCUAAAGAAGAACCAACGACCCACGACUUGCAACAACAUCAACGUAAGAGACGACGAUCCGCGGCAACAGUCGAGCAGCAGACUUUGGAGGGAGACAGGGACGCAAUAUCUACCAAGAAGGCGCGCAAAGCGGAAUGGAAAGGAAUGCAACUUGCGUUGCGACCGGUGUCUUCAGCCGAGAGCCUGGCCUCGGAUUCCCCUAAGAUCUCGCUAUUCGCAAAUGAUACAGCGAUGAAGAACAUGUCUCUGUCAUCACAAGGAGAGAAAGAGACACAUGUUACGGACAACGAGCUUCCCCAGCAAGUUCACGACGUCAGGCCAAACAGCGCAAGCGGCAGAAGUGCGCAGGCUUGGAGCGAGUACGCCGAGGAAGUUGAGAGGCGAACCCGUUCCCCAAAGAUAGAAAGCCCUCGCCAAGACGCUUCAGGCUACUUCAUUCUCGUCGGCCAGGAUGACGAGGUACCCGGCACCCAGAAAGACAUUUCAGAGCUUCGGGCUGAGGUCGGAGAGAGUCCGUUCCCGAAGACUGGGAAAAAGGUCUCGCAUGGAUUCAUCUUUCCCUGGUACUGCUGCGAAGCAGCUCGCAGGGCCGAUGAGAGCUGGUAGAAGAAGCGGCUGAACCUAAACAGUUGACAGACGGAUGAGGCAGAAGCGGCUUGACGAAUGCUGGUCGAAUCGAACUCAGCUCUCUGACCAAAUAGGGGAGUUCCGGGGUAUCCCCCCUUUGCUUUCUCAGGAACGAUUGAAUGCGACGUUUAGAUGAUGGACUGUAACAACUUUGUACAAUAGCAGCAGAAGGUAACACUCCCAAAUCAGACCAUCAGCGUCCUUGGUGAGUAUAAAUGGGG